AUGCCCACAGCAGCAACCGGCCUGAAAGACAUCCCGGCAGCGCAUAUACCGCCCCCAGACGACGCCAAGAUCCUCACGCUACCGGAUGGCCGGAAAAUGGGAUACGGGGAGUACGGCGACCUAAACGGCCGCCCGUUCAUCUUCGUGCACGGCAUACCCGACUGUCGGUUUGAUUGCGCAUGGCUAGAUGCCGAUAAGGCACUUGCAAAACGACUCGGGGUCCGGUGGAUCGGUAUCGACCGGCCAGGUAUCGGGCUAUCAACACCGGACCCGAAACGGACGAUCCUCGGCUGGCCCGAGGACGUGCAGCACCUCAUCAGCCAUCUGGGGCUAGACACGUACCAUAUCUUUGGCGUGUCCGGAGGGACCGCGUACGCGCUCGCGUGCGCUAAACUCCUCCCGCGCGACAAGUUGCGAUCGGUGGGCAUCAUGUGCGGGAUGGGACCGCCCGCGUCGACCAAGAGCGGACUGAGUCUUGGAAACCGGGUGGGAUUGGCCGCGUGGAAUUGGUGGCCGGGGGCCAUGCAGUCCAUCAUCAACCACUCCGUCGUCAAGAAGGCGCAGGACCCGGACCGAUCCCAAACAGAGAAAAUGUGCCGGACCCAAGCCAAAUGGGCGCCUGCGCCGGACAGGGAGCUAUUCCAAAAGGAGGAAAUGAUCCAGCUCCUCACGGAUAUUUGGAGAGAGGUGUAUCGGCAGGGGUCGGCGGCGGGGCAUGCACAGGAGAUGAAACUAGUUGCGGACGAUUGGGGAUUCCCACUGGAGAGCGUGACUCACGGAAAGGUCCGGCUCUGGUACGGUGAUAAGGAUGUGAACACUCCUCUCGGCCAGGGCCAGUACAUGGCGGACAGGAUACCCGGCGCUACUUUGACCGUAUUCCCAGGAAAAUCGCAUUUUACUGUUUGGGAUCACAUCGACAAGGCGCUGGCAGAUAUGUUGCAGGAUUGA